CAGAAGGGAAGCAGCGGCUGUGGAACCAGAUCAGGGGCCAGUGUGCUUUGAAGAUGUCGCUGUUCAUUUCACGGACGAGGAGUGGGCGUUGCUGGAUCCUGACCAGAGAGCUCUGCAUAAGGACGUCAUGGAGGAGAAUUGUGGGAUCGUGGCCUCUCUUGAUUGUGAUGAAUUGGAAAUUGAGAACAAAGGUGACCACAACAAAAUCCCCAGAAAGGAGAAGUCACAUAAAAAUUUGGAGUGUGGAGAAAGCUGCAGUCAGAGCUCCCAUUCCACUUCCCAUCAAAGAAAUCUCAUUGGAAAGAAGCCCUGUCAGUGCGUUGAAUGUGGAAAGAACUUCACUAAUAGCUCCGAUCUCACUUGCCAUCAAAGAAUUCAUACAGGGGAGAAACCCUAUAAGUGUGUGGUAUGUGGAAAGAGCUUCAGUAAGAGGUACAAUCUAACUUUCCAUCAAAGAAUUCAUACAGGGGAGAAACCCUAUCAGUGUGUGGUAUGUGGAAAGAGCUUCACUCAUACCUCCUCUCUAACUUCCCAUCAGAGAAUUCAUACAGGGGACAAACCCUAUCAUUGUGUGGAAUGUGGAAAGAGCUUCACAUGUAGCUCCAAACUCACUUCCCAUCAAAGAAUUCAUACAGGGGAGAAACCCUAUCAGUGUGUGGAAUGUGGAAAGAGCUUCACUCGUAGCUCCUCUCUAGAUUCCCACCAGAGAAUUCAUACAGGGGAGAAACCCUAUCAGUGUGUGGAAUGUGGAAAGAGCUUCACUCAUAGCUCCUCUCUAAAUUCCCACCAGAGAAUUCAUACAGGGGAGAAACCCUAUCAGUGUUUGGAAUGUGGAAAGAGCUUCAGUCACAGCCACAAUCUCACUUCCCAUCAAAGAAUUCAUACAGGGGAGAAACCCUAUCAGUGUAUGGAAUGUGGAAAGAGCUUCACAUGUAGCUCCUCUCUCACUUCCCAUCACAGAAUUCAUACAGGGGACAAACCCUAUCAGUGUGUGGAAUGUGGAAAGAUCUUCACUGUUGGCUCCUCUCUCACUUCCCAUCAGAGAAUUCAUACAGGGGACAAACCCUAUCAGUGUGUGGAAUGUGGAAAGAUCUUCACUGUUGGCUCCUCUCUCACUUCCCAUCAGAGAAUUCAUACAGGGGACAAACCCUAUCAGUGCGUGGAAUGUGGAAAGAGCUUCACAUGUAGCUCCUCUCUCAGUUCCCAUCAAAGAAUUCAUACAGGGGAGAAACCCUAUCAGUGCGUGGAAUGUGGAAAGAGCUUCAAUCAGAGCUCCUCUCUCAGUUCCCAUCAAAGAAUUCAUACAGGGGAGAAACCCUAUCAGUGCGUGGAAUGUGGAAAGAGCUUCAGUAAGAGCUCCAAUCUCACUUCCCAUCAAAGAAUUCAUACAGGGGAGAAACCCUAUCAGUGCGUGGAAUGUGGAAAGAGCUUCAGUAAGAGCUCCAAUCUCACUUCCCAUCAAAGAAUUCAUUCAAAGGUCAGAAAAACCCUUCAUUAUAGACUUCCGGUUGGCUCGCCCGAUUAUGGCGGACAGGAGUUCUUUCGUGGAAAGGGCACCGGCGCUUCGAAGACAGGGGAGAGUCGCUAGAGCGCAGCGGCGCCCCGAAAAACCCUCAG